UUCGGUGUCAGAAUUUUUUAGUCGUUGACCGAUUCGGAGCUGAGCAGACCUAACCAACAAAAAACGAAACGCUUUUUAAUUAUUGCCUUUCGGUGGCACUUAAAUUCGAUUUUGUAAUACUUUUGUAUAGCGCGGCAUCGGCUGUGCUUUAUUUUUCGAUUGCCCACGAUUCAUGUAGUUCGUGUAUUGGUGAUAUAUACAUACAUAUCUCUUUCCUUUAAGAAUGGAGAAGAAUCGCAAACACAAGAAGGUUAAAAAUUGCAAAAAAAUGGCACGCGGCAAAAAAGCCCCGGCCCCGCUCGAACCCGUCAGUGCUUCGGAGGAGGAAGCGCGUACUUUGAUGCCACCGCCUCCCAUUCCGGUCAACAAGGAGCCACUAGAGCAACCGGAGCCAUCCAUCCAGCACAUGGUCGCUCUGAAACCCAAGUUCUUGCCCAACCUAAGGAGUCUGGUGUUCCCGAAGAUGGUAUACGAGCAGGCCAAGCGUCUGGUGAUCACGCCGCUGAUGACCUACAGCCAUGAUGCCGCGGCCGCCACGAAGCUUCGCGGCGCGCGCUGUCCCAGCUUCGAGCUGCCCAAGGAUAUGUUCCCCAGUGGGGCACCCAUAUGGAAGAUCACAUUUCUGCCGGAGGAACUGCUGCCGAUGGGCUUCGAUGCCGGCGGCGUCUUUGCCACAGGCGUCCUGGCCCGCAAAUACUAUCCCACAGAUUUGUUGAGUGCGGAUCACAAGGGCCAAACGCCGCCCCUAUUCAUUGGACAUCGCAACUCGAGCUAUAUCCUACCGCCGGAGGUCCAGGCCCAGGCCAAGGGCAAUGGGAACGGUGGGGGCCAGACACAGGCCCCGCCCAAACGCAUCCAGCCACUGACACCGGCACCGCCACCUUCGCCACCCUACAGGCGCAGCAUACUGAAGCCCAAUGCCUCCGUUACGGAUGAUAUGAAUCGACGCCUUCUCCACCACAACAUCACCGUGAUUGAGAUUGUCAUUAUGCCGACUUACCCGAAGCCACAGUCGAACUAUCCUAUGGCCGCUCCUAUGCAGAUGCAGUGCAACAUGUAUGCACCCGACUUGAGUAAGGUCAUCUUUGCAACGCAGGAAAUUAAGAUGACCGUUGUGGCCAUCCUCUCGACGGUCCAUCAGCCGAACGUACCGGAGGUGGCGAUGGCCACCAUGGACAACGAGACGUGUCCCAUGUUCGAGCUGCCUGCCGAUAUCUUUCCGGUGGACAUCAACCGGCCGGGACCACGUUUCCUGCCACAGCGUUUCCUGCCCGAUUUCUGUGAUGCUGGUUGCGUCUUUCCGCCGGGCUCGCUGCCCGACUCCGUGUUCCACGGCGCCAUCCGUACGCACUAUGACCUGGAGCAGCAUCACUAUUCGAUGACGCCACCGCUGUUCGUGGGCCAAUGCAAGCAGCAGCAGGAGCAACCGUGUGACAACGGAACUGUCCAAGUUUACAAAAUUGACCCGGUAGCCAUGCAGCUGAAGAAGCUGGCCCUGAGGAAUAUGGCAGCGACGAAGAAGGACACCACCAAAAUCCCGGUGCCCCUCCCCGAGGGCACGAAGCGCUCCCACGACUUUAAGCUAGCGGCUCAAGCCGGCAAGCCCAAGGGCUUCGUCCUCAUCGAAUCGGACCAUGUGCCGCGUGGCGCCAUCCCGACCGAUUUCUUUGGGGCCUUCCUCAUGGGAUGCUUUUUUAUGAUUGCGCCCAAUAACAAAGGUGUAACUCAGUCCUCAUCCGAGUCGGAGGAUGAUGAAGAAGAUGAACAGGAAUUCCUGGACUUUCAGAAUAAUAUGUUUACUAUGGUAAAAUUGAACAGAGGAAGUCUGGCAGGAGUGCCGGCAGUUGAGAAAACUGAAGUUCAGAAAGCUGAAGUCAAGGAGCCGGAAACUGAGGAAUCGGAAGCCGAGCUCAAUUCUGAAGAAUACGAAACCGAAGAGUACUUGGACGAAGACUGCGAGUCCGAGGGAUAUGAGGCAGAAGAAAUCGAUACCGAUGAGUAUGAGGCUGAAGUGCGCAGGAUCGAGGAGAUCGAUCCAGAUGAGAUCGACACCGAUGAGUACGAGGCCGAGGAGGUCGAUCCCGAUGAGAUCGAGACCGAUGAGUACGAGGCUGAUGAGGACAAGACCGAGGAGCUGGAUCCCGAUGAGAUCGAGACUGAUGAGUACGAGGCUGAAGAGGGCAAGACCCAGGAGUUGAAUCAAGAUGAGAUCGAGACCGAUGAGUAUGAGGCUGAUGAGGGCAAGAUCGGGGAGCUGAAUCCAAUUGAAAUUGAGACCUAUGAGUACAAGGCUGAUGAGGGCAAGACCAAGGAACUGAAUCAAGGUGACAUCGAGACCGAUGAGUACGAGCCUGUAGAGGCCAAGACCAAGGAGGUGAAUCAAGAUGAGAUCGAGACCGAUGAGUACGAGCCUGUAGAGGCCAAUACCAAGGAGCUGAAUCAAGAUGACAUCGAGACCGAUGAGUAUGAUCCUGAGCAAGCGGAUGGCAAGAAGCCCAAGGUGGUCCAAAAGUCCGACAUCGCAGAGCCCCCGGCUAAGGAACCCAGUCUAAAACGUAAACAUACCAACACUGAUAACGAAUACACCAAUCGCAUCGCACCGGACUACACUGGCUGCGACAAGGUCUACAGCUACUUCACCAUCGACAGCAACCUGGAUGAUAUUGCCGAGGCUGCCGGUGACCUGACCACCGCCCGUUUCGAGGUCAUAGUGCAUGCCUCCGAGCUGCCAGGCAUAGACGUGAACCGAGCCGUGGAGCAGUUCCGCCAGGUCCUGCAGUGCCGCAACGAGAUUCGAGCCAAAAUGACGGGAUUGAUCAAUGCCCACGAUGCGAAGAUGGAGGCGGACCACAAGGUGGUGCUGGUAUCUCCUGUCCCGGAAGUGAACACCAAGCGCGUGUUUCGCAAGACUUGCUCGCAGUGCGGUAAAAACCACUAGACGAAAUCCAUAUCAAUAACGGAUAUCGUAUCAAGUAUAUCGAUUUUUUUAAAUCUUAUUUACAAUAAAUAUUAAAUUUUUAA